AUUUAUUCAAACUGUUUGCAGCUUCACUCCCGGCUUCUCAUCCUUUUUACUCCGAGGGGAUCGCGUGUUUAUUUCAGCCCCGGUCGGCGUUUUUGGCGAUGCAGUUUUAAAAAUGGGAUUACAAAUCGUUUCUAUCCUCGCACUCUCGGCCUGCGUUGGCAUCGUUUUAGCAAAGACGACAAGGGUUCUUGCUUCACCCGAUAUACCUCAAACAUCUUUCAGCUGCACCGGACGACCCAUUGGGUAUUACGCCGAUGUCGAGACUGAUUGCCAGGUGUAUCACAUGUGCGGCGAAGGAGGAAGGCAGUACAGCUACGCCUGUCCGAACACGACCCUCUUUCACCAGAGAAUGCUUAUCUGCGCCCACUGGUACCAGGUGAAUUGCACGAGAUCGCCGGAAGAUUACCAUGCAAAUCUCCUUAUCGGACAGAGGGACAAGCUGUUCGUUGAAGACAUCUCGGCCAGUGAAUUCAACAGCCUUCCUAGCGGAGAGGAUCUACAAAGGUUGAAUAAUUACUAUCCUAGAGAGAAGGCAUCCAAAUCAUUAGGGUUCAACGAGUUGAAUUUGAGUCCGACUCAGCUGCCGCAGACGUCGUCGUUGGACCGGUCGGAUCUGCAGCACUCGCCAUCGGCCUCUCUCGCCUCCCAGAACUUCAGAAGCAUCACGAGCAACAUCCCCUUCGAAGUCGGUGUGCCGUCGCCUAGGUCGACGCCCGCCACCGAAGCGACCCGGGUGGCUUUCAGGCCGACGAACGUCUCUUUCAGAAGCACGAUAGAAACCCCCAAUUCGGAGGCGGUCCUCGCACGUACCGCGCCGAUGACGAGUUCUCAGCCCGCGAGCAGGACCGAACCCGCAGAUUUCAACAACGGGGUCACCCCAUCGACGCCCGAACAGCCGUCCCUGGACCUACUGCCUCCUUUCGACGCUUCCCAGGAAGAGAGCAACACGAUCGAACUCCAUCUCCACGACCCGCGCAGGGAGUUCUACAUCCCCCCAGCCGAAACGCAGAUCCCCAGAGACGAGCCGAUCGUCGUCAGCAUCAACGUCCACGGCAAAUCGAGGUUCAAACCGACCAAUUUCGUCAAAAGGCGCAACUCCGAAUGCUCCAGGUGUCAUCCCAUGUUCGUCAUCGACAAACAAAACUGUUCCCCCUGCCUUCUCGUGAGAUAAACGCCUAAAAAUUAUCUCCACACAAACUUGUACAAAAAUUUUAACCGCACCAAUUAAAAUGUGAUAAAGCCUUUGUUAGAUUUAAGUUUGAAGAUCAAGAUUGUUUAGGCCAGUAUAACUGCUACCGGGCCUGGUUCAACAGUUCAAAGUAACGUGUAACCUAGCAAUAAUCUUGAGCUACUGCUCGUCUAAUUUAUCUUUCUUUAUAUGUUUAUAUCAUAUUUGUUACAAGUGUUUUACUAUUUAAUAUAUAUAAAUUAUUUAGAAGAAGUUUAGAAAAGUGUAAACAGUGGAGUUUUACCAUGUCGAACAAAUUGUAGACACCAUUCCUACUGAUCAAUCAUUGGAUCAAAAUUUAAAAAAACGAUCUUCCAUCAAUAAGAAAUAAUUUAAAACAAUUAACGCAAUAAAUUUAAACAUGGCGGCUAAUUGUUCAUGAAUGAUCUCGCUGGUAAAGCUGCUCUGACUGUCACAGCAAGGAUCAUUAAUUUAUUUUAACUUGUCUGAUUUGUAUCCACUUUAAAUUAUUGUUAAUAAACUUUUUCAAUUA